UAUUAUAUUGACCGAAAUUGAUUAAAUGUCAACUUGAAACUUUCGCCUGGGUAGAGUACAGCCCUGGACCGGCUGGAGUUGAACCAGACGACGAGGAGCACGAGGAAUCCUGUCCCCACUUCAUUUGGUUCCUUUCUCCAUCUCUCUUUGACUUGUUCUGUUGGCAUUUCGAUUCCCGACUUCCAUCCUCCCGCGAACGUCAACAGUAUGCUUUGGAGAGAAAAGCGCCUCCUGUUUUACACACGGGAGUGAGUUUGUAUGCGAGAGCAAGAACAACAGUCUCUCCGUCGUCUAUGUGGUUCACAGCCGGUCAGACCGGCAGCAGUUUCAGUCGUGAAUAGACUUCGUCCCGUGUUGUGUGUUUAACCUAACCUAGUUCGGUCGUAAAACGCCUUUUUGUGCCGGUACAAAAGAUAAAAUACAGUAUUUCUUUGAAAUUUUUUUCUGGACUUGUUUAAUUCAUCAGAACUGGACGAAUGAGCGACCCCCAGAACGUAGAGAGUCGCUUGGCACGGCGAGGGCGGAAAUCCUCAUCGAUCUGGAAGAAGGUGGUCGUGUACCAUCGAGUGUGACCGAGACACCAAACGAGGAAGGAAAAUCGACAAAGAGUAAAAAGCUUCUUUGCAGCGACAGGAUGUCGUUUACAAAUCGAUUCCCAUCUUCUCAACACACACGAUAUCGUAGUAGCUGGGGUCCCUCGUCAGUGUCGGUGUUCAACAGAGUCGAUGUUCCAAGGCCGUCACCUGAAGAAGAAGAAUAUGCAGACUUUUAUCACGAACGCUUACACUCAGCACAAAGUCGACAGCUGAUACCCCUUCAGGAGGAUCUCGCUGAUUGGAUCAAUAAAACUAUCAAUGUGGACCACGUAACAGGUGAGAAUUUUUUUGAUGCUUUGGACAAUGGAGCCGUGGUGUGUCGUCUGGCGAGAGUAAUUCAGGAAAAGGCCAGAUCGGCUAUUGACUCGGGAAGAGCAAAAGGACCGAUGCCAGUAAUAAGAGGACGAUGCUGGGAAAAUGCUGCCAGACGAAGUUUUUUUUCACGUGAUAAUAUGGAAAAUUUUAUACAAUUUUGCAGACGACUUGGAAUUCAUGAAAAUCUUCUCUUCGAAAGUGACGAUUUAGUUUUACAUGGGCAACCGCGAAAUGUGAUUUUGUGCCUUUUGGAAGUGUCUCGACUAGCGGCGCAAUACUCCGUGGAACCUCCAGGUUUGGUGCAACUCGAGAGAGAAAUUGCUGCAGAACAAGAGCGAGAUCUUCAUUGCCUUUCAGAUAGUGGAAUUUCUCACAGUAGCUUAGUUUCCUGGCAAUUCCAAUCACCAUCGCCAACAGCAUCGCCACGACCUCAACCAGAUAAAAUAAAACACAGCAGUUCGGCCAACGAAAUGAGCACAACAACUCCACAUUGGCUGGAUCCUACAGCGGAAACAAACCACGAAUCAGAAAUGAGGAGAUCUGUUAGUGACAAUGGACCAACCGGAAGCGACGGAGUUCCCAGUGAUACAACAGAAGACGACUGGUCACGAGGCAGUGCAGAGGAUCCAGAUGAAGUUCCAUCACCCUCAAGUUCUCCAUCUCCGUCGCCUGCUGAACCUCCGGAACAUACGGGACCAAUCACAGAACUCGACCGGAAAGUGAGGGUCGCCGUCCAAAGGCUUUGUCAAUGUCCUUCGAAUAAGUGUUCGAAACUGAAGGUCCGAAAAGUUGGGGAAGGAAGAUUUCACAUAGCUGGGCGCAAUGUUUUCAUCAGACUUCUCAAAGGAAGACACAUGAUGGUGAGAGUGGGCGGAGGGUGGGACACCCUGGAGCACUUCUUGGCGAGGCACGACCCCUGUCAGAAAUGCAAGAGCACUUUUUGUAAAGGAAGACCAAAGCAAAGAAUUUUAUCGGCACGUUGAUCUCGAGAAGAAAAAACCAUGUAAUUGGCUUCAUUGUAUAUUAUUAUUAAUAUUACUAUUAACUGCCUCUACACUCUGUACUAUAAAUUAUAAUUUUCAUAUUAAUUUCGUAAUGUAAGAGAAUAAUGUAUUUAUUAUAAAUAUUUUAGUUCUAUUUGCCAUAAGAUUUGACUUCGAGUCAUAUAUUUGUAAUGUUGUUAAUUAUUAUAGUUUUCUUUUAAGUCGCAGAGAAUUCAUCCAUCUAGCAUUUCAAUAAUUAAAUGGGCAUUUUCAAACAGAAUAAUUUCACUCCAAUUUCAUUGAAUUUAAAAAAAGAAAUGAUAACAAGAAAAAUUAUGAAUAGAAAUAAAAAAUAUCAAACAUUUAAAAGUUAAUAAUUAAUUAGAUUGUUAAAUAUACAUACAUAAAUUGAAGGUUUAAUUCUCUUUGUAAAAUACACAUUCUACUUGAAUUUGCUAAUUGGUGGAUUCACCAUAAAUGCCUUAAAUGACAUUCGCCAUUAUGAAAAUAAAUUGUUUCUGUUGGUAGCAAUAACUUUGUACCUGCUUACGUUUUUAGUAUUAGUGAUAUGUAAUUUCUUAUUUUUAGCGAAAAAAUCUUCAUUCCGUUAACUUAUGUCUUUAAUGUUUAAAAACAAAAUUUUUUUUUCAACGAAAAACUGUCAACAUUUUUGACAGCAAUUGCUUUCAAAAAGAAUAAAAAUUAUUUCUUUUUUAGGAAACUGUUAAAAUACAUUUUUUUAGUAGUCUUAAUUUUCCAAUCUUCCAGUUUCAACGGGUGAUCGCAUUGUAUUUGUAACGAAACAUAAAUUGUUACCUCCUUUUGUUAUAUAAUAAAUAAUUCCAUCUUAAUGAAA